GGAGCGCUGUUCUAUGAACUUGAGGCUCUUCCAGGAAUUGCUAUGGGGCGGGGCUUGCUACAGCCUAAUGAAACUUUCUGAAAACCAGCCUACUAGUAUACGGUAUUUAAGCAGAGAGAGCAGUUGCGAGGUGUACAGUAAACUGUUUGGCUUGGUACGAACGGGAUAUAACUGCGGAAGAUGAAUGCCCAGUGGAAUAAGGCCAACUAAUGACUGUGGAAAUAGUAUCACAUCGUGUUUGGAAUUGUACAAAUGAUAAUUCACUGUUUCCCGUCGUGGGAAGAAAGCUUAGAUUUUGGAAGCCUCUCGCCGCACAGAUAUAUCUACGAUUAGUGAGACUCACCUGUAAGGCGUUAACAAGAGACUAUGGGAGACCACACAGGCUGGUCUUCCAUGUAGGAUGGUAGCACACAGUCCACUGGAAGGUAACACAGCAGCUGAAUGCAGAGUGAGGAUUGAGCCCUCAGUGGCUGACUCCGUGGCUCACCGGCCCCGGUCCUGCCAGCAGACCACCAGGCGGGACGGACAGACACACUUCCGCCCGUUCAAGAGCGAGCAGGACUUUAAAACCAUUACGCACACAACUUCAAUGUUGGAGAACAGUGGCUUCUACUGGGGACCGAUGACCGUGGAGGAAGCCCACGACAAGCUGAAGAGCAAACCUCUGGGGACCUUCCUCAUCCGUGACAGCCGCCAGAAGGACGUCUUUUUCACACUGAGCUACCGGGCCCUGGCGGGGCCCAUCAGCAUCCGGAUCAACUACCAGGCCGCACGCUUCAGCCUGUCCGGGAGCAAGGAGUCCUUUGACUCGCUGUUCAAACUGUUGGAAUACUACAUAACCUCGCCCAAGAAGAGUCUGACCAGCCCUUGCAGGCAAGUACAGGUGCAGUCCUUGCAGGAGCUGUGCCGCCGGACAAUAGUAGAGGCAUGUGGGGACAAACCGGACAUAGACAGCAUCCCUGUCAAUCCCAUCCUCAAAGACUUCCUACACUCAUUUCCCUAUCGACUCUGAAGACCAUAUUGAAUGCAUUAAGCUUGCUGAGCAACAUGGAGGGACUAGCCAUGUUCUGCUGGCCAAAGAGAAGUUGUUAUUAUUUUUGUAGCACAUGUUUGGGACCAGCACAAGAAAAUUGUGUAUGGAAUGUUUACAGAACCUGUCAAUGUUUACACUAUUUAAGGAAACUUCUCCUUUUGAAAUUAGUUUCCUGCUACGCAGGAGUGAGUAUUUCUAGAUAUUUGGAAAAUAAAUAUUAUCAAAGUUUUACAACA